AUGAAUAACUCUGGGAUUAAAUGCAAUGGUGUAACGGGCAUUGACUUCGGAGCUACGUCGGUGAAGGCGUGUGUCCGCACCCAAAACGGAUUAACCCUUGUUCGACCGAAUGGAGCUGAUAUUUUGUUUUCGGAAAUCUCGAUAUGCAAAAAUAGGAUGAUUCCAGGGAUGCAUCAGAACGGCUAUUUUAUUUCCAAUAUUAAGGAAGAACUUGCAAAAGUCGAUUCGAAUGGAAAGGACGACUAUAAGAUGGUUAUUAAUUUUGGGUAUACGACGUCUUCUCUUUACACCAUGGAUAUCAUCGCUGAAAUCGUGAAAUACGUGUAUGACAGCGCAUCUACUAUAACGGGCGUAAAGGAUAUGAAGGCAUCGAUUACAUACCCUACGACAUUCAGUCGUUAUAGUGUUCAACAGCUCAUCAAUUCGAUCGAACUGGGAGGAUUUGAGGUGAUUUCGGUCUAUCCCGAACCAAUCGCCGCUGCCUACUCGAUCAUCCACGGUUUGAUGCAGAAUCCCUUUAAAACCAUGCAAGAAUUCGGCAGUGAGUUCAACAUCAUCGUGUACGACUUCGGAGGCUACACGUUCGAUUGCUCGGCGAUCCAUAUGCAUGAUAAGCAGUUUGAUUUGAUCGACCACUACUGCGAGGCAUACACGGGUUGUUAUUAUUUGAGUCAGGAAAUCGUGCAAGAGGCAAAUCCGAAGUUGUCAGGGAAAGAAUUACUGGAACAAACGCGCGAAUGCAUGAAGAUGAUCAACAACACGAAAAAUAUGAUUUACCUAAAUGGAGUGACCAUAUCAACCGAAAUCAGCAAAAAGCAUAUUUUAAAAUACGUGAAAAAGACGGAAGUGUUAAUCGAUGCGUUGCUGAACCAGUUGGAUCGAAAAUUGAAGACCGUUCUGUUCUUUGUUGGAGGCAUGUGCACCUGUCCCAUUGUUCGCAACGAAAUCCGCGAGCACUAUCCCAAUCUCCAGAUCACCGAGCAGAACACGUUUUUAUAUGAUGUUUCGCAAGGCGCCUUUCUGUUAGGCGAGUCGAUCAUCAAUUCACAUGACAUCAAGUUCGAUAUGGAGAAGUGCUCUCCUCCGCAAGAUCCGCUGCCAUACAAUAUUGUAGUGACCAUUGGGGGGAAUGAAAAGCUGCUCAGACGCACCGACGCGAACGAAACGAGCGAGGUGUGUCAGUUUUGUUUGGAUAUCCGACCGAAUGGUCCGAGUCGAGUGCGCGUUCAGUGCUUCUAUGACCAUCCACAUAGGAAGAAUGACGCGUAUAUUAUCAAUGAGUCGUUUAUUGUGGUGGACGCUAUACAAAUCGUGUUUAAGUGUUGGAUCGACAAGGUGAACAUUGUUCAUAUUGUUUCGGAGUGUUCGAAGGUCGUCUAUAAGAAGAGCUAUCAAGGGUUUGCCAUUCAGCAUAUUUCGGAUGAUAUGAGAGAGGCGCAUAAGAAGCGAGUUGAGGAGAGUGUAGCCGCAUUCAAGUUGAGUGAGAGCGAGCGAAGGAAGCGUAUGGGAGCGAGUCGUAAUUAA